UUGUAUUUAAACAUUAAUCUCGACAUUUCGACUUUUUUCUCGAAGUGCACAAUAAAAAAACAACUUCCCCUCUCAAAUAUUUGUUCUCUUGCAUGGCCCUGGUACUGUUCUGUAAAAGUGACCCGUCUUUGGGGUGUUUGUUUUCAGAGAGGACCAACGUCCUUUUCAUCGUGGCGGAUGAUUUGCGUCCAUCCCUCGGUUGCUAUGGAGACGCGCUGGUCAGAUCCCCCAACCUGGACCAGCUGGCGUCCAGGAGCCAGGUGUUCCUCAACGCAUACGCCCAGCAGGCCGUGUGCGCGCCCAGCCGCACCUCCAUGCUGACCAGCCGCAGGCCCGACUCCACCCGGCUGUACGACUUCAGCUCCUACUGGAGGACGCACGCCGGGAACUACAGCACGCUGCCGCAGCACUUCAGAGACAGCGGAUACUUCAGCAUGUCGGUGGGGAAGGUCUUCCACCCAGGGAUUGCUUCUAACCACACUGACGACUACCCGUACAGCUGGAGCAUCCCUGCAUACCACCCCGCUUCAUUCACAUUUGAGAAGAAGAAGAUGUGUAAAGGAGAAGACGGUGAGCUCCACGCCAACCUGCUGUGUGCGGUGAACGUGAGCGAGCAGCCCGGGGGAACCCUCCCGGACCUGGAGAGCACUGACGAGGCCGUGAGGCUGCUGAAGAGCCGGGCCGGCCGCCCCGAGCCGUUCUUCCUGGCCGUGGGCUUCCAUAAACCGCACAUACCUUUCAGGAUACCGCAGGAGUACCUGAGCUUAUAUCCUCUGGAUAACAUGACCCUGGCUCCUGAUCCAGAUGUCCCUAAAGACCUUCCCCCGGUGGCCUACAACCCCUGGACAGAUGUGAGGAAGAGGGAGGAUGUCCAGAAGCUCAACGUUAGCUUUCCCUAUGGACCCAUUCCUAAAGACUUCCAGCUGCGUCUUCGUCAGCACUAUUACGCCUCUGUAUCUUACAUGGACGCCCAGGUUGGGAGGCUGCUCAGUGCACUUGAUGAGUUGGGGCUGGUAAAGAGCACAAUAGUUGUGUUUACUUCAGAUCAUGGUUGGUCGUUGGGUGAGCACGGUGAAUGGGCCAAAUACUCCAACUUUGACGUGGCCACACGCGUCCCCCUCAUCAUGUUCGUCCCCGGAGUCACGGCAGACGACAACUGGCUGGGAGAGCCAACCUUUCCUUUUAUUGAUGCUUUACGCCAAUCACAGCGCAGUUUUCAGAAUGCCAGAGUGAUAAGAAACGUGGUUGAGCUGGUGGACGUAUUUCCAACCGUCUCCACCCUGGCGGGCCUGCACACCCCCCAUCACUGUCCUCAGCCUUCUCUCCAGGUGGAGCUGUGCACCGAAGGGAAGAAUCUGGCUCACACCUUUGUACACCAGGAGAGAGGGAGGAACGGAGAGCUGGUGGCUUUUAGCCAGUACCCCAGACCUGCUGAUACCCCACAGGAGAACUCUGACCUGCCGGAUCUCAAAGACAUAAAGGUGAUGGGCUACUCGAUGCGUAACUGGGACUACAGAUACACGCUGUGGCUGGGCUUCGACCCCAGCAGCUUCCAGGUGAACUUAUCUGACGUGCAUGGGGGGGAGUUGUACAUGUUAGAGGACGACCCUGGCGAGGACAACAACGUCUACAGCGACUUCAACCACCGCGUGUUAAUGAGGAAGAUGGACGCCCUUCCUCAUAAUGUGAGUGUGCAGACGAGGAUGAAGCUGCAGCUCCACUAUCUCACAGCCGGGAUGAAGACGGGUGGACGGACCGUGUGAUGACCAGAGGGAAACGGAUGUGGAUGAGUACAAAGGGAAGAUGGAUGGACAGAUGGAAGGGAAAUGAGGCUCCAAACCUCUUUAAAUGGCCCACACAUGACUUUAAAUGGGACCACGUUGUUUGAACUCAGCUCAACAAGCUGAUGCUCCUUGUUAAGAAUCUGAUAUUUCACAAGUUUCCUUGCAAAGAAAGCGUGUGGAUCCUGUGAAAACACGUCUCAGGCGUGCUUCACCCAAACACAGGUCUGUUUUCAUCACAACUGCCAUCAUGUUUGUCAGCUUUGCCCCCAGUUUCUUUGGAGACGGAGCUUUCCAGGUUUAGCACUUUAGUGGUGUCAGAGGAACUGUUAGUCUUUCUAUUAUUUAUUUAUUUUCUUGUGCUUCUAGUACUGUAAAAAUAAGAUCGGGACUGCAGCGGUGCAUUUAAUUCAAAUGAGAGAAUGGCAUCAGCAGGGAACGUUUGAGUAGCUCAACAUUAGCACAGAUGGGGACGGGAGUGACCGGGCUCUAAUUCAGCACCUUUUUAAUGUAUCAUGUACGGUGGCCGAGACCCGCCAUUGCUGAAAAAAUAAAAGUAACGCUGCAAACGGAAACAAACGCCGCUGCAAAUAAAAUAAACGCUUAGCAAAUAAAAUAAACGCUGCAAACAAAAAGAAACGCCGCUGCAAAUAAAAGGAACGCUGCAAAUAAAACAAAAAAACGACGGAAAUAAAA